CUCCCAUUGGAAAGAUGGGAGGGCCUGAGAGGCGGGGCUUAGUUGGUAGAGCAGGCGGGGUUUCGUGGGCUUCCACGGCCGAGAGGAAAGAAAGUGGAAAGUAGGAGAAAUACCUGCAUGGCCAAUCUGCGAUAAGGUACGGCCACCUCAUUUCUCCCUGCCUCAACUCUCUUACCCGCCGUCCUCUCCCGCCCCUCUCUUCCUCUUCCCUCUCCUCCUCCUCCUCCUCUCUGUAGACUCCCCCUGGUCCCUCCCGCCCUCUACCUCCUUCUCCCGCAUCCCCCUCCUCGGCCUCCAAGAUAGAUUCCCUCAGGAGCAAGGUUGACCUGCUCAAGUUGCCCCUGGCCCUCACCACCAAGUCCAUCUCCGAGCGCAAGAGCCAGCUGGGAGGCGUCGGCAAGCAGUGCGGCACGGGGGGAGGAGGAGGAGGCGGGGCUCGUAAAGCCCGCUCACCGCUGAGCCGAGACAUGGACAACGAGUCGCAGUACUCGGGAUACUCGUACAAGUCAUCUCACUCACGGAGCUCUCGCAAACACAGGGAACGGAGGGAUCGCCAUCGUUCCAAAAGCAGAGACGGGAGCAGCCGUGGAGACAAAUCAGUGACAAUUCAGACACCCGGAGAGCCACUGCUCGAUGCCGAGUCGACACGCGGAGACGAGAGGGAUGACAAUUGGGGUGAGACCACCACAGUGGUCACAGGGACGUCAGAGCACAGCAUCUCCAACGAGGACCUGACCCGCGUUACCAAAGACUUGGAGGAGUCAACCCCUCUGGAGUGCAAGCGUUUCGUGGGUCCGGCACUGGGCGGAUGCCUGAGUUUCUUCGCCCUGGUCACACCGCUGGCCUUCCUCAUCCUGCCACAGGUGCUGUGGCGUGACGCCUUGGAGCCGUGCGGCACGCCAUGCGAGGGCCUCUAUGUGUCGCUGGCCUUCAAGCUCCUUGUCCUGCUCAUCUCCUCUUGGGCGCUCUUCCUGCGGCCACCUCGCGCCACCCUGCCACGCUUUUUCGUCUUCCGCUGCCUGCUGAUGGUGUUGGUCUUCCUCUUCGUUGCAUCCUACUGGCUCUUCUACGGCGUACGCGUGUUGGAGCCUCGUGAGCGUGACUACAGGGGCAUCGUAGAGUACGCCGCCUCGCUGGUGGACGCCCUGCUCUUCAUCCAGUACCUGGCGCUGGUGCUGCUGGAGGUCAGACACCUGCAGCCUGCCUUCUGCCUCAAAGUGGUGCGCAGCACAGAUGGAGCCAGCCGCUUCUACAACGUGGGUCAUCUCAGUAUUCAGCGGGCGGCUGUCUGGGUGUUGGACCAUUACUACAACGACUUUCCCGUCUAUAACCCCGCCCUCGUAAACCUGCCCAAGUCCAUUCUGUCCAAGAAGAUGACAGGCUUCAAAGUUUACUCUCUGGACGAAACCACCACCAAUAACUCCACAGGCCAAUCACGGGCCAUGAUUGCCGCUGCUGCCAGGAGGCGAGAUAACUCCCACAACGAGUUUUACUAUGAGGAGGCCGAGAUGGACCGCAGGAUCCGCAAACGUAAAGCCAGGUUGGUGGUGGCGGUGGAAGAGGCCUUCACCCACAUCAAGCGUCUCCACGAGGAAGAGGCUUCCUCAUCUCCCAAACAUCCCCGCGAGGUGAUGGACCCCCGGGAGGCGGCGCAGGCCAUUUUCGCACCAAUGGCGCGGGCCAUGCAGAAGUACUUGAGGACCACACGCCAGCAGGCCUUCCACAGCAUGGAGAGCAUCCUCACGCACCUGCAGUUCUGCAUCACGCACAACAUGACGCCCAAGGCUUUCUUGGAGCGUUACCUCAGCCCAGGGCCCACCAUGCAGUACCAGCAGCACAACGGCAGGGGGCGCCAGUGGACCCUGGUGAGCGAGGAGCCGGUGACCUCGGCCCUGCGUCAGGGCUUGGUCUUCUCCCUGCGGCGGAUGGACUUCUCGCUGGUCGUCACGGUGACACCCCUCCCCUUCCUGCGCCUCAGCGAGGAGUUCAUCGACCCCAAGAGCCACAAGUUUGUCAUGCGGCUGCAGUCGGAGACAUCCGUGUGAAAAGACAUUCUCGUGUACCCCCCCCCCCCCCCCCUCUCUGCUGAAUGCAGCGGGAUGUGUCGGACGCUCGGGCCACCACCCCCUCCCCCCGCCUCAUGUCUGUCACACCUGAAUCAGCUCGAUGAUUGUCUCUGACGUUGAUGCCUUGACUCCCCUUUUUCCUGUGCUGUUGCAGCACGCUGUAAAAACUCUUUUUAUAAAGGCGCCUUUAUUGGGUCAUUAUGUUGUAACCACUGAACUCCGGGGGGGGGGUCACGGCGGCGAGGAAGUGUCUUCCCGUCUUUAAAAUAUGUGACAGCCACGGCGACACACCACUGCCCUCCUGCUGGUUCUUGUCACCAUUUUAAUUUUUUUACAUUAAAUACUCACAGAAUGUAGCAUCAUGUGCUAAAAGGACACUUUAUAUCUUCAUGUUUUCUUCCUAACAUCAACAGUUUAACCCAAAAGCGACUUUACACUUGGUACUAACAUGCAAUCUUUGUGUGCUUUUUUUUUAAUCCCUCUAAAAAAACACAACAAUGUGACACUAUGUCUGAAAGCUAAUAUAGCUUUAAUAACAAAUCACAAUAUUAUGCAAGAAUUCAUUUAUUUAGAAAUAUUUCCAGGUUGUUAGCUUACAGUGCUCGCUAAAUGAGCUGCUCUGUUUUGUUGACCUUUCCUUUUUUAGCUAAUUUAUUCUGCCAUCAACAUCUAAAUGCGUUUUAAUUAACCGAUUAAUUUCUCGCAGCCACCUUCUUGGUACCUUUGCAAAUGUUUUUAUGACCGAGCGGAAGCUUUUGUUUGCACUUCUGCAAAGGCUCAAAGUGGACCGUAAGCUCCCCGUCGCCUUAACGUGUGGUCACUUCAAGGUCUGUCACAUUUCCGAAAAAAACAUCAAACCCACUGGACGUCUCAUCCGUGUUUUUCCAUGAAAGAAUGCACAGCAGGAGUUCUUUAGGGCUCUUUUUUUGAAAAUAACUUGUUUUCGUAUCAUUUUCUUUUAUAAGGUGCCUAAGUUAUGAUGCAAUUUUUCCUCUGAAUGUUUUUACCUUUUUAAAAACAAGUGGCCUGUACAAAACAAAAAAUAAUGUAGAGUUGUCUUUUUAGUUUUUUUUCCUUUUAACUGUCUAGCUUGUAUAGCGUGUUAGGUAUUUUUCCACUAUUAAACCAUUAUUCCUUAAGAAGUCAUUGGGUCUUGUCUUGUGAACUGCCAGCGUCCU